UUUUUUUUUUUUUUGCUUUUUCCCCCUUUUAUUUUGUCACUGUUCUUUAAUUUGCCUUAAAAAAUUCAAACUUUUUAAGGUUUGGUUCGUCUGCCAAAUUGAAAGUUAACCAAAUUUGACUUAAAUUUCUCUGCUUUACAGAAAAAAAAAAAAAUCAAAUCUUUGGCUAAUUUUGAGAGGUAAAUGGAGUCGAAUCGAGAAGGCAAAGCGAUACGAGAGAUUGACGAAAAUGUUGACCAAGUAGUAACAAUGACCAAUCUGUUUGACCCGGAUCCGAAAACUAACCCGGGUUUACUCAUGAAGAAAGAACAAGUCGGGUUUUUGCAGCCGUCGGCGAUGAUGACGAUGUCUAACUCGCUCGAACCGGCUCCGAAGAAGAAGAGGUUACCGACUAAAGACCGUCACACGAAAGUAGAAGGACGAGGUCGGAGGAUCCGAAUGCCUGCGGGUUGCGCUGCUCGGGUCUUUCAGUUGACCCGUGAGCUCGGUCACAAAUCAGAAGGUGAAACCAUACGGUGGUUAUUGGAACGAGCUGAACCGGCGAUAAUUGAAGCUACCGGAACCGGUACUGUACCGGCUAUUGCUGUUUCGGUUAACGGGACUUUAAAAAUUCCUACGACCUCUCCAAAUGACUGCGGCGGUGACGGUGACCUAACGAAACGGAGGAAGAGGAACUGUACGAGCAACUUCGUCGACGUUAACGAACACGACAGCUGUUAUAGCUCCGUUACUUCUGGUUUAGCUCCGAUCACGGUGUCAAAUUACGGUGUUAAUAUCAUGAACGUUAAUACGCAGGGUUUAGUGCCGUUUUGGCCUAUGGGUAUGGGUAUGGGUAUAGGUAUGGGUACUGCAUUUGUUACUGGUGAUCCGAAUCAAAUGGGCCAAAUGUGGGCUAUACCUACCGUUGCUACAGCACCGUUUCUGAACCUUGGUACUACACCGGUGUCUAGCUACGUCUCAGAUGCUUCUCCCGCCGCUGAACCACAGAUGGAAACUAGCGGUGGCGAAGGUGGUGGGACGCAAUCGCUGAGGGAUUUUUCGUUGGAGAUUUAUGAUAAGAAAGAGCUUCAGUUUUUGGGUGGCUCAGGGAACUCGUCUCCAUCAUCGUCAUGUCACAACAAGACUUAGGGAAACUUAACUGUUAGUUCUUGUUUUUAUAUAGGUCAGUUUGAUCUCUGAUUUAGGAAAAAAGAUGUGUAAAAGAUUUGGGAAGAACAAUUCAAUCUUUAUAUUUCUAUCAAAACAUUUUGGUAAUGAAUGGUAUGAGACUGUCCUAUCAUA